AUGGACGUCUCCGCGACAUCAUCUGAUGAUACACUUAAAAAGCGUUAUGCUGAACUUGCGGAGAAAACAGCCAGGGCAAUAGCUGACGAAGGAUCACCACCAAACAUCAAUGAUCGACCUGCAAUUCCAAAGUCUCUUCCUCCAUUGCCACGUUAUGAACCACCAACAUCUACAUAUCUACUUGUGCAACGGAUUCUUCAACGAUGCGACUAA